CUUGUUAGUACGUAGCGGAAAUCUACAAGGUAGCCAUCAGGAGUUGACAAAAAACAACCACAAUGCUCACUUGCUGGACUUGUUCCCCACUAGGAUGAAAUGAAGCGUUUACUACAAGUUCCUAAACCCAGCACUGAGCACAUUGACGGCAGUUGUUCGCCCAGCUUAGUGAUCCAAUGCUCCAUCCAAUGCCUCUACUUCCCCUAUUCGAAAUAACGAAUGUUGUGAUUUACAAUCUGCAGGAAUAAUCAAAUGUAUUUUAGAUACGUAGGAUGUUCUUAUUAUUAUUCUGUCAAUUGAGUAUUAUUGCAAAGAUAUGGUUCAUCGCAAUUUUUUAAAUUUAAUUUCAUUGAGCAUUUACUCACUUCAGUCAUGUUUACGACCGCUUUUCCAGUUACUUAAGGAACGAUUAAUUUCAAAAACUGUGAUAGAAUUAAUUUGUGUUAACAAUUAUUUAAUAUUACCUCUUAGUUGGGAGAACACGUGCACCUCAUUAUACUUCUAUGUUGUAUUCAUUUUCGAAUCUGAAGGGAGGUAAUUUGAUUUUGGGAGAGGUUAUACUUGUGUUAUUGUCUAUCGGUAUUUGUUAUUUAUGAUAUCAAUGGCAUUUCUUGACUAUUUUCUUUGAGAAUUUUGUUGUUUGGAGCUAUAAGGAGUAAAAAAGAACAAUUUUUUCAUACCAUUUUUGAAAUCCUUAAGGAAUGGUGCGGUUAAGUCCAGAAGAAAAAAUUUAUAUUAUACAUGGCGUUGAAGAUAACAUUAGAGAAGAUGGGAGAAGCCAGACACAAUAUCGCCCCAUUGAAGUUGAAACAGGUAUCAUUCCAAGUGCGAUGGGUUCAGCUAGGGUUAAAUUAGGCAAUACUGAUGUAAUAGCCUGUGUAAAAGCAGACACAUUCACUCCCACAUGGAACAAACCUGAUGAAGGGAAGUUACAACUUCAUGUAGAUUUAUCUGCCACUGCAUCUCCAUGGUUUGAAGGGCGAAGAGGUGAACAAACCUCUGAAGAGAUAACAACAAUUUUAAAUAAAGCCUAUGAGAGCAUCAAGCUCGAGUCAUUCUGUAUUGUUCCCCAGGUCAAAUGCUGGUUGGUAGACGUAGACAUUUCGGUGCUAUCUUGCGAUGGAAAUAUGUACGAUGCGAUUGGAUUUGCUGUUAAGGCUGCUUUAGCCACUACUAUGGUUCCUAAAAUUGUUGCAUCAGAAGAAGAUGAAGGUGAAAAGGAACUACAAAUCACAGAUGAUCCAUUUGACACCUGGACACCGAAUGUUUCAAAUAUACCAUGUUUAGUAACUUUAUCUAAAGUUGGUGAUAGUGUUAUGGUGGAUGCGACAAAUAAAGAAGAGCAAUGCAGUUCAUUUACUUGUAUUUUAGCAGUCACAGAAACUGGUAAAAUUCUUUCCACAUUUAAAGUCGGACCUGGAAGUGUUCAACCUGUGACGUUUUCUAAAUUGAUUUUAGAAGCUAGUAGCAUUGGUAGAUCACUUCAUUCAGAACUGUUAUCUGCUCUAAAGAAAGAAAACGGCCUACGAAAAAGAGAAAUUCAUGGCUUUUUAAAUUGAAUUGUCUUACCGAAUACAUUUUUAAAAAAAAUCUUUUUGGUUUCUCUAUUUCCAUUUAUAAUCUGUGAAUUAUUUCUGUUGACAUUAUUUGUUGUAUAGACUAUUUCUAAGAAUUUAUUGUUAAAAACAACUGUUUUGUAUUGUUUUAUUACAAAAUGAAAUUCCGG